AUGACAUCCACUGAACCUGAUUUUAUUUCAAAAUUCCUAACAUUGGCAACUUUAAAUGAACCAGCACUAUCAAGUAAUUAUGAGAAACCAUUACAAGAAAUUUCAUCCAUAGGGGUUCAAUUACCACCUUUGAAGUAUAGAUAUGAUCCAACAAAGGUCAAAAGAGAAGCUACACCAGGGAUCUUGAAUACUUCUUCUUCAACCCCAAUUCCAUUGACAUUGAAGAGUGUUAGGCCUCCAAAGUUUUCCCUAGAGCAUCAAUUCAGCAGUAAUGACACAAUUUAUCAGGUAAAGAAAUACUUGGUAGAUGAAUCAAAGGCUCAAUCUACAACUGACUUGAAACUAUUGUUGAAGGGGAAAGUAUUACAUGAUAGCGUCCCAUUGGUAGAUCUAGAGGUAGAAAAUCCUAUGAUUAAUGUUAUGAUUUCCAAAUCUUCCUCUGCGACAACAUCUCCUGCACCAAUUCCUGUACCAAAAAAGGCUGAAAAACCUUUAGAAAAGGAGGAAUCUUUACAUCCCAAACCUUUGAUGUCUUUACCAUGGGAAGAUAUCGAAAGUUUGCUUGAAACAAAACUCCAAGAUAAGGAGCAUGCGACCCAGGCUCUGCAAAGGUUGAAGAGAGGUUGGAGUCUAACAGAAUAG